AUGGCACAACCUUUUGUCCUUGAAGAAGAGAAGGAGGACGAAAAUGGUAGUGAAAAUGUACCUUUAGAGUCUUAUGAUUCUAAUGAGGAGGAAAAGCAAGUUGAUGACUGUUUUCCCGAAAAAAAUAGUCUAGUAAUGAGGAGAGCCCUCCAAAUGCACGUGGAGGUUGAGAAAACCCCAAUUCAAAGAGAAAAUGUCUUCUUAACCAAAUGCAAGGUUAAUGAAGAUGUGUGUGACUUGAUUGUUGAUAGUGGCAGUGAAGCUAAUGUUGUGUCAAGUGAUCUUGUUAAGAAACUUGACUUGAAGACUACUAGACAUCCUACUCCUUACAAGUUGAGUUGGAUUGAUAAGAGCAAGAGUACGGGAGUUAGAAAACAAUGUCUAGUAAAAUUUCAGAUUGGUUCGUAUGUGGAUGAAAUUUUAUGUGAUGUCAUUCCCAUGGAUGCUUGUCACAUUUUGUUAGGGAGGCCAUGGCAAAGUGACAAAAAAUCAGUACAUGAUGGCCUAUCAAACACCUACACCAUUACUCACCAAGGCAGCAAGAAAGUGUUGCACCCCUUACCACCACAAAAAAGCCUUUCCCAAAUACAAUCCCCACCACCACAAAAAGAGCCCAAAAGAAAGGACAUUUUGUUGCUUUCCUUAAAAGAAUUCGAAAACUCUUUGGAGAAGGAAGAUGAAGUGUUCUUAUUGUUUUCUAAAGAGGAACACGAAGGUUUUGUCCAACAAAACCCUAGGCUAGCCGCAUUGAUCAAGGAGUAUGAAGAUGUUUUUCCUAGUGAAUUACCACAAGGGUUGCCUCCUAUUCGUGGUAUAGAACAUCAAAUAGAUUUGAUUCCGGGAGCCCCCCUUCCAAAUAAACCCCCUUAUAGAUGCAAUCCCAUGGAAACUAAGGAAUUACAAAGACAAACUAAGGAGUUGAUGCAAAUGGGUUACGUGAGAGAAUCCAUGAGUCCUUGUGCCGUUCCAGCUUUGUUAGUGCCAAAAAAGGAUGGAACAUGGAGGAUGUGUAUUGAUAGUAGGGCGGUGAAUAACAUAACCAUUAAGUAUAGGUUUCCUAUUCCUAGACUUGAUGAUAUGUUAGAUGAGUUGAGUGGAGCUCAAGUGUUUUCCAAGAUAGAUUUGAGGAGUGGAUAUCACCAAAUUAGAAUGAGGGAAGGUGAUGAAUGGAAAACAGCCUUUAAAACUAAGCAUGGUUUGUAUGAGUGGCUUGUUAUGCCAUUUGGAUUAACAAAUGCUCCAAGCACCUUCAUGAGACUUAUGAACGAAAUGUUGAGGCCUUUCCUUGGUUAUAUUAUUUCGGGUGAAGGAAUUAAAGUUGAUCCAAGCAAAGUGGAAGCCAUUUCUUCAUGGCCAAUUCCAAAAAAUGGGCAAAAGAAGUUGAAUGCAAGACAUGCUAAGUGGGUGGAAUUCCUACAAUCUUUCAACUUUGCAACCAAGUACAAGAAAGGCAAAACCAAUAUUGUGGCGGAUGCAUUAUCAAGAAGGCAUAAUCUUCUUGGAAUCAUGGAAACUAAAAUUCUUGGUUUCGAGGUCAUGAAGGAAUCAUACAAAGAUGACCUUGAACUCAAGGAAAUCAUGGAGUCUUGCAAAAAUGGAGUCCACGGUUCAUUUGUCAUAGUAGAUGGUUUCCUUUUCAAAGGGAACAAACUUUGUGUUCCUAAAGGUGCAAUUCGAGAGUUGUUGAUCAAGGAAGCUCAUGGAGGAGGACUUGCUGGUCAUAUGGGUAUACAAAAGACCCUAGAAAUCUUACAGUCAUUUUUAUUGGCCAAAAAUGUUAGCUAA